UCGGGGUGGUGGCCGCGUCCGCGUCGCCCUUCGACGAGCUCCACGCGCGGGGGAGGCCCGUGCCCGGACCCUCCAAGGUGAGCCAGCCCACCGUCCCGCCCUACCUCGCCUGCCUCGGGCGCAUCGUCCCAGCGGCCAACCAUCCUCUCCCUUAUUUUUCCCCAAAUUGAAUAGUAUGUCUGGUGGGUAGUAUUGGGUACUGCUAAAUGAUUAGUCUCCGAUGGUCUCUGUGGCGGUUGAUUUGAGGUUUGGAUGCUGGAAAGGACAAGGCUUUGACCAACAAUUACCCCAGCCGAAGAUGGCCUGGAGAAGACAAAGAAAGCGUCAAUGUGAGUUGCAAGAGUUCCACACCCACCAUGAGCUUCUGACCGUGACAACCAUUGUUCAAAUUAUGGACGAAGAAGAAGAACAACGUCCUCGUCGUGGCUCUGUAGUUGGGAGGCAGUCUGUGCCCAGGGAUAGGUUCAGCGGCUAUUGGAGGUUGAUGCAAGAUUACUUCCUCGAUCCUCCUGUCUAUGGUGAUAACCACUUUCGUCGCCGCUUUCGAAUGUGCAAAGCUAUGUUCCUUGAUAUAUGUCAUGCUGUUGCGGCGAGGAACGACUACUUCAAGAGGAAAUCCAAUGCUGCAGGCCUGCCGGGAUUCGCCACGGUACAGAAGGUAAUUGCCGCCUUGCGUCUGCUUGCAUACGGAGGGCCUGCGGACCGCCUUGAUGAGUACAUUCGUAUGGGGGAGAGCACCAUCCUUGAGUGCCUGGAUGACUUCACUAGAACAAUGAUUGAUCUCUAUGGACGAUCCUAUCUUAGGCCACCAAAUGCUGAAGACAUUGCUAGGCUACUUCAGAAAGCAGAAGAAAGAGGUUUUCCCGGCAUGAUUGGUAGUAUCGAUUGUAUGCACUGGGAGUGGGAGAAGUGCCCUACAGGUUGGCAUGGUCAAUACAGGGGGCAUUACAAAAAACCCACAAUUAUCCUUGAGGCUGUAGCAAGCUAUGAUCUUUGGAUUUGGCAUGCUUUCUUUGGCAUGCCAGGAUCUUGCAACGAUAUUAAUGUCUUACAUCGAUCCCCAGUGUUUGACAACCUUGCUAGGGGCAUUGGACCUGCAGUGACCUUCAAUGUUAAUGGGAGGGAUUACAAUAUGGGAUAUUAUCUUGCUGAUGGUAUCUACCCUCCUUGGGCUACUUUGAUCAAUGGUAUAUCUAGCCCCCAAAGCAAUAAGCACAAGUACUUCACACUUAAGCAAGCAGAGUACCGUAAGGAUGUGGAGCGUGCAUUUGGUGUGCUGCAAGCAAAGUAUGCAAUUAUGAAAGGACCAGCUAGGAAGUUCAAUCCAAUAGCACUGAAGAAUAUAGUUGAUUGUGUAAUCAUCCUGCACAAUAUGGGUAUUGAUUAUGAGAAAGGAAUGGAGGAGUUGAGAAUUGAAGAUUAUGAUGACGCCACAAGGCCAAGAUUGGAUCCGAAUCGAAACGUUCCGGAAAUUCGUCAAUUGAUCGCACGACACCGCCAAAUUCGAAGCCGGCCAGCUAAUGAACAGCUGAAAGCCGAUCUUAUCGAGCAUGUUUGGAACAAGUUUGGGGCUCAGUAGGUCAGUUUU